AUGAAUCUGAUUUCUGUGGUUUCCUGGAGUCUAGUCUCAUGCUAUAAAACCUUGCUGGGAGCAGGAAGAGACCCCAGAUGCGGCCUUACCUCCAAGGGAUCCACCGAAGUCGAGAACACUGGGAUGAAGCACCUGCAGAAACUCCUGCUGUCCCUCCUGCUGGUGACAUGGCCCCCAGCCAAUGCCGAUUAUUGCUCAAAUUGGAUGGAGGGAGGAGGUAAAGCCAAGGCACCCUCCGCACCCUGUGUGGUCUAUCUGCAAGGAAGGAACAAACAAUUCUGUGGAGGCUUCCUUGUGGCCCCGAACUGGGUGAUGACAGCAGCUCAGUGCUCCAGGCACAAACCUCUGACUGUCAUCCUUGAAACCCACACAAUCCAGGAAAGCUGGCAAAAAUUCCAAGUCCAAGAGUAUCACCCCCACCCAGGCUUCAGGAAUCCUAAGGAGGGAAAUGACAUCCUCUUGCUGAAGCUGAAAGGCAAUGCCACCAGCAACGUUAGGACCAUUCCCUUUGAAAAUGCAAAAGUCCCUGGUGAGACCCUGUGCUCCUUAGCUGGCUGGGGCCACAAAACCACUCCCACAUGUCGCAAAGCCACCGUCACCAUCAUCAAACAAAGGGACUGCCUCAGCCACAACCCCGGGCUUGCUGACAACUUGAUUUGUGGCUACAGCGAAUCUGCUGGGAUACCUGAAGAGAGUGAUGCUGGGAAUCCGCUUAUCUGCAAAAACAAAGUCUAUGGCAUCUUCUCCUAUAGGCAAAAGAAUUGGCCCGGUUUCUACACACACAUUGCUCCUUACCUUCCCUGGGUCAAGAGUGUCAUGAAGUCAUGAUCCUGCUUCUAACCACUGAUCACUGCUGCUUCCCUGGAAAAUUCAUGCUUCAGGGCCCUGUGCUCACCUGCUUUUUCUUCCUUUCUUCCUGGGAAACACCUUCCACUGAUCCUCAUGGAUAUAGCAAGGACUUCUCUCUGGCAAAGCCAAACUAUGGCAGUGGGGGGCUUGGCGCAGAGGUUGCACCUUGGGGGUGUUUGUUCCCUGUGCAAGCCAGAGAGUGCCCAUUUACACAGUGCACACUCCUACACUUUGCUGCUCUGAUUUACCCCUUUGUCAAGCUGCUCGUGGCUACAGCUCUAGAAAGGAAGCAGCAGGACAGCCCUGAGUGACGUGACAGUAGCUGUUGGAAUGUCUGCUGCGCUUUGGGGAAGGCAAUACAACUGGAUCGGGGGAUCCAAAGAGCAGUCUCCUCCCUGCCCUUUGUGUUUGUGACACCUGGGUCUCCUUUGCCCAAGCCUUGGGGUUAGAGGGUUGCCCAGCUCCAGGGGGGACACUUUCAGCUCCUGCUUCACUACUGCUGCUGUCUUCUACCUCUGAAUCCUGCUGCGUCCUUUCUCCCCUCUUG